ACCCGCCAGCUAGGCAGGCAGCUACACUCCCCUUCCCAGCCGUUCUAUUUCACUCGAGCCCUCGUGUGGUGCCAGGCCACACUGCCAUCCAGCCAGGUCCAGGAAUUUCUUCCCCUCCCCAAGUACCCAGCCCGCAGCACAGCGACAAGUCACAAGUGAGCGAGAUGGCUCGGGGAAGAGGCAGUGCUAGCGCAAGCCGCGCCAUGGCGUUCGCCGUCGCCUGCUGCAUCCUCGCCGCCGACGCAGGCACCACCUACUACGUCGGGGACAACAACGGCUGGUCCUUCAGCAGCCCCAGCUGGCCGAACGGCAAGCACUUCCACGCCGGCGACACCCUCGUGUUCAGGUACGUGCCCUGGAUCCACAACGUGGUGGCGGUGGACGAGGGCGGGUACGACGGCUGCACGACGCCGCCGGGGUCGCGGACCUACACCUCCGGCGACGACCGCGUCACGCUCGCCAGGGGGGACAACUUCUUCAUCUGCACCCGCUUCGGACACUGCAACCUCGGCAUGAAGCUCGUCGUCUACGCCGCGUGAUUCACUGAUUUGGUGCGGCUCUGUGUGUGUGUGUGUGUGUGUGUGUGUGUGUGUGUGUGUGUGACUGACCGGACGUGCUUGCCCUGGAGUGAACUGCUUUGAUUUCUACACUACCAUUUCAUUCAUGUAACCGUUGUGAUUUAUGGCAUAUUGUGUCUGAACAUUUGCUUCCCGUGACAAAUCGUUUGACAUUUUCGCUGA